UCCCGGGAAACUUGUCCGGGCGCGGCGGGGGGGACGCGGGGGCACGGCGGCGAGAUAAAGGGCCCCGGCGCCGCCGCGCUCCUCGCUCCCGGCCGAGUUAGGAGGAGCUGUUUUGCAUCCCUUCACGUCAGCCUGCCUCAUUCCCUCCUUCCUUCCUUCCUGCGCGCCCAGCGCCGGGCCCGCGGCCCGCAGCCGCCGUCGCCCCGCGCCCUGCGGAGCCGCCGCGGCAGCGCACGGGAGGAGGGACGAGUGCCGCAGACCCCGCGCGGUGCGGGCAGCCCCGGCCGGGCAGGAGGGAUCCGAUCCGUGCGCCGGCAUCGCUGCGCUCCGGUGCGGGCGAGUGGGGACAUCCCAGGGCACGGCGCGGGGCCACGGCUCCGCUGCGCAGCCAUGACCGCAUAGGGCGCAGGGAUGGAUCGUUUCAGCGAGUGUGGGACGCAGACGGACGCCGUGGUGGUGCUGUCCCUGGCACAGGCUGCGGUGCUGGGCUUGGUGUCCGACAAUGAGCUGCUGGGGGCCACCGUCAGUCCCGCCGGCUUCUUCCCAGGGCUGGGGGGCGAGGGAGAGCCCGACAUCACGGCAGAGCCCGAGAGCGAGGGGACGGCGCCAGACGGGCAGGAUGACGAGUCCCUGGAGGCAGAGUGCUCCCCGGAGAAGCACGCGCGCAGGAGGAAGCGGCCCCCGGUGAGGCUGCUGCCCAAGGUGAAGCGCGAGGAGGCGGAGGCGGAGGCGGAGGUGUUCGAGGUGGCCGCGCCCGGGGAGGACGAGGCCGAGCCGCAGCGCGGCGCCCCGCCCGCCCCCCCCCCCGGACCCCGUGCCGGAGCCAGCGGCGCCGUGAAGAUGAUCGACCUCGGCGCCUUCAGCAGGAAGCCCCGGCGCCUGCGGCACCUCCGCCGGCACACGCGCCAGCAGCCACACGGCCGCGAACCCGACCCGGCGCAGGGCAGCGGCGCAGACGCCACGCGGACGCCGUGCGCCUUCGAGGCGGGAGCCGCGUCCCCCGGGGAGCCCGAGGCGCCCGCGUCCCCCGAGCGGGUGAAGAGCGAGCAGGGCUUCGCGUGGCAGGAGCCGGGCGAGCUGGAGGCGGAUGCUGCGGGCGGCAACAGCGAGCACAGCAAGAAGGCUCAGCUGGACCGGCUGGACAUCAACGUGCAGAUCGACGACUCGUACCUGGUGGAGGCGGGGGACCGCCAGAAGCGCUGGCAGUGCCGCAUGUGCGAGAAGUCCUACACCUCCAAGUACAACCUGGUGACCCACAUCCUGGGCCACAACGGCAUCAAGCCGCACUCCUGCCCGCACUGCAACAAGCUGUUCAAGCAGCCCAGCCACCUGCAGACCCACCUGCUGACCCACCAGGGCACGCGGCCGCACAAGUGCGAGGUGUGCAGCAAGGCGUUCACGCAGACCAGCCACCUGAAGCGGCACAUGCUGCUGCACACCGACAUCAAGCCCUACAGCUGCCGCUUCUGCGGCCGCGGCUUCGCCUACCCCAGCGAGCUGAAGGCGCACGAGGUGAAGCACGAGAGCGGCCGCUGCCACGUCUGCGUGGAGUGCGGGCUGGACUUCUCCACGCUCACCCAGCUGAAGCGGCACCUGGCCACGCACCAGGGCCCCACGCUGUACCAGUGCCUGGAGUGCAGCAAGUCCUUCCACUACCGCAGCCAGCUGCAGAACCACAUGCUGAAGCACCAGAACGUCCGGCCCUUCGUCUGCACCGAGUGCGGCAUGGAGUUCAGCCAGAUCCACCACCUCAAGCAGCACUCACUCACACACAAGGGCGUGAAGGAGUUCAAGUGCGAGGUGUGCGGGCGCGAGUUCACGCUGCAGGCCAACAUGAAGCGGCACAUGCUCAUCCACACCAGCGUCCGGCCCUACCAGUGCCACAUCUGCUUCAAGACGUUUGUGCAGAAGCAGACGCUGAAGACGCACAUGAUCGUGCACUCCCCGGUGAAGCCAUUCAAGUGCAAGGUCUGUGGGAAGUCCUUCAACCGUAUGUACAACCUGCUGGGCCACAUGCACCUGCACGCGGGCAGCAAGCCCUUCAAGUGCCCCUAUUGCUCCAGCAAGUUCAACCUGAAAGGCAACCUGAGCCGGCACAUGAAGGUCAAGCACGGCGUGAUGGACAUCAGCCUGGACAGCCAAGAUCCCAUGAUGGACCUGUCGGGGGCUGAGCACACCGAGCUGGACGGGCAGCAGGAGAUGGAAGACUACGAGGAGGAGAACUCGUACGGCUAUGAGGGUGUGGGGAACCCCCCAGACGAUGGCGCACUGGCAGAGCAGGCCAUGAAGGAAAUGGCUUAUUACAACAUGUUGUAGCAGGGAGGGCGGGUGGCCCGGGGCGGGCGGGGGGAUGGCGAAAUGGACCCAGCAUGUGAGAGAACUGCUGCUGGGAUGCAGUGCUGCUGCAGGGGGGUGAGCAGGGGGCAGGCAGGGACAUCCCUAAAGCACGGCUGGGCACAGGGCAGGGAGCCUGGGAGAGCUCUUGCCUUCAUGAGGUCAUUCCUGCCGGGGGCCCGUUCUCCCUAAGCCUCUGGAUAAGGAGUGCCCUCCUACCCGGUGCCGUGCCACCCCUUUGUCCCUCACACCUCAGUGGUGGCCGGACCCUCGCCCCGUUCCUCACCCUCAGCCCUGUGUGAUGUACUUGAAGCUGGCAGGCUGCAUCCCAGCAGACAACGAGCAUCACUCCUGAUCCUACCUCCUGGGUCCCCGCUCAGCUGCGCCAUGCCAUGCAUCAGCCUGGCAUCUCCUGCAUGGAGACCAGCGCUGCACCGCCCCGCGCUCCCCAGCUCCUCACAGCCCAGAGCAGCUCCUGUUGCUCUGGCACCGGCCGGGAGCUGGUACGGGCAGAGCUGGGGCAGGCCACGAGAGGCCACAGGGCACACACACAAAGAGUAUUUUCUUACAAACUAAUUGCAAAGCUCAGCGGAAGCAGCAGCUCUGAGUACAGAGUGGCUUUGGUGAGCAGUGUAUUUAAAGGAAGGCAAACCCUGUUCAACUUGAGCAAAUGAUGGUAUUUUGAAAGUAAUUUAUUUUUUUCAGACGUGCCGCGUGGUUGGAUUGAUCUUUUCACUGAGUUCCGCUUCCCUCAACCAGUGUUCUUUGUAAACCUGUGUAAUGUGUGUGAUCUGUGGAGCUCUGCGGGGCUGCAGGGGCAGCAUGAGGCGGGGGUCCCACACCCACAGCGGCUGCUCUGCUGCACCAAUGCUGCGCACUGCUGCCGUGUGAGCACCUCUGGGCUGCAGGCAGGAGUGUGCCCUGGAAAUGCAGGCCCUGGGGGGGGGCUGCGGGCCCCUCCUGCCCUGCGGUGGGAGCGGGCUGCAGGGCUGCCCUUUGGUCGUGGCACAGCCCAGGACGCUGCACCCCCAUCCCUGGGGCACACAGUGGUUGCAUCCUGCAGCGCAGAGGGGAGCGGGCCGGCACCC